AUGGAGGCGUACCUGCACAAGCACUGGCCGCAGGGCUCCGUGUCCGUGAGCUGCCGCGUGUACGCGAGCCAGCGCCGCGCCGACGAGCACAAGCGCCUGCAGCUGACGGCCAAGGGCAUCGAGCUGCGCAGCGUGGGGCCGUCCACGUCCAGCGAGCCGGACGUGAUCCCGUGGAGCUCCGUCCUGGGCGCGUCCGAGUCCACGAGCGGCAUCCGCCGCCGCUUCGUGCCCGCGUACGAGGGCAGCGAGUACGGCGAGGAGAAGGAGUUCGUGGUCUUCGGCUGCGCGCCCAAGCCGGAGGGCGCCGGUUGGGGCGGGCUCAUUGGCGGGCUGUCGUCGCUGGCCACGGCGGUGCUGCCCACUGCGCUGACCGGCAGCAAGCCCAAGGACGCGGGCGUGGAGCGGACGCUGCUGCAGUGGGUGCUCAGGUGCGAUGACGAGGACGGGGAGGUCGUGGCCACGAGGGCGGUGAGGGCCAUCAGGUUCCUGGCGGACCCGAGGGCGGCCAACAGCGUCAAGGCGGCCGAGAAGCUGCUGGAUCCGUACGGAUUCAUGCCGCCUCGGAAGUUUCUGGUGGUGAUCAACCCUGCAGGAGGCACGGGCAACGCCCAGCAGACGUACGAGCAGCAGGUGGCGCCGGUCUUUGAGCAGGCCAACGUGGAGGUGGAGACAGUCAUCACGCGCCAAGCAGCGCACGCGACGGAGAUUGUGGCGGAGGUGCCACUGGACAAGUACGACUGCAUUGUGGCGGUCGGAGGCGACGGACUGCUGUCGGAAAUGCUGCAAGGUCUCAUGAACCGCAAGGACUGGCAAAAAGCGAUUCUACAGCCGCUGGGGAUCAUUCCGGGUGGCUCGGGCAACGGGCUGUCUGCUUCGCUGCUGUCUCGUGCUGGCGAGAGGUUUGAGGCAUUGAACGCAGCCUACUCCCUCGCCAAGGGUCAAGUUCAGGAGCUGGAUCUGUUCACGGCAACGAACGGCGAUGGCAAGGUCAUGCACGGAUUCUUGUCGCUGGAGUGGGCCUUCAUUGCCGACAUGGACAUCAAAUCCGAGCGGUACCGCUUCUUCGGCGACAUGCGCUUCCUUAUCGCGUCCACACUGCAGAUCUUCGGUUUCGGCCAGACAAACUUCCCUGGUCGACUACGCUAUCUCGUGUCAAAGGACGAUGAGCUUCUUCCAGCGAAAUACCACGACACUUUCAGCGGUGAAGAGCCGACAGCCAAACCAAAUGGAGAGAAAUCGGAGGAGUGGGAGGAGAUGGAUGGGCCGUUCUACAUGUUCUGGAGCAUGAACGUGUCCCAUGCCGCCGCUGACGCUCACAUCGCGCCGCCAGCUGACAUCUCUGACGGCUACUUCUACCUCAUGCUGGUUUCUGGAGAGAGCUACUCGCGGAUGGGGCUUGCUAAACUCAUGAUGGGAAUCGAGGACGGAUCGCACCUGGAAGCGGACCGCGUGCAGUUAAUUCGCACACGGGCCUUCACGAUCAACGCCAGCAAUGCCAGCGACCUCAU